AUGGACCGCAAGAAACUGAACAACUUCCGCUCAAGGUGCAAGAAAGCAAGGUCGACAGCAAUGCUCGUCUACCACUUUUUAUUCGCGGGUGGGGCAAUCACAUUCAAAGGCGCAAAACAGUCAAAUUAUGCGCUUAAAGUGUUGAUUGGGAAGGAAGCGGUCUUCCAACGGAAGGUGUAUUCUCAACAAAUGAUCGACGAAAUUUCCACUGUUUUCUGUCGGAAGAUGGACUCCAUCAUCUUCGAGGCGCGCAACCUCAAAUUUAAUACGAUCGCAAUUAACCUCACGAAACUCAAUAGAGCAAAUCAAGACACACAGAUGAAGGAAGACGCCCCACAAACACUCAUCACAAUUUGUCGUAAUAGAGAAGCCGCGUUCUCCAAUUUUUUGGCAUUCAUACUGAUUGAAAGGGGAUUUGUUCUGAACAUGGCUAUGACUACAAUGAAGGCAUCUAUAAGCUCAAUGCAUUUGUAUGUGUGGGAUUCAAUCAUCGAUCCACUCGGAAAUGUGUUCUCUCCAAAAACACAUGGAGAUAUGUUGGGGAGACUCAUCGACGACAUCCAAAACUGUAAAAUUAAAGGAUCAGUCACGUUGGAAGACUUACUCCAUCGGAAAGAAACACCAAGCGCGUUUAUCCCAACAGACAGGAAUCUGUACACAGUUGUGUAG